GAGCCCCGCGGAGCCCCGCGGAGCUGCUCGGGCGGCGGGGCCCCGCCGGCGGCCCCAUGCCCCGCCGCACACGGAGCCCCCCCCGCGGCGCGGCCCAGCCGGGCGGCGGCUCCCUCCUGGGAAACUGGCUCAAAGAGUUGCUAUGAAGUGCCCUGGACCUCCAGAGAGCUCGAGACUUGCCUGCUUCCUGGAAAGUGCCUUAGCCAGAGAGACUAGGAUUUGGAAAGUGCCAGUUUUCCACCGUCUCACCCUGAAGGGUACGGAUAUCUCUCCGUCAUGUUACGAGAAAACAGUUCUCUGGAUUGCAGAAAUCAGCUCUCGGUUCCAGUUCUACCCUGAAACAUUCGCCUUAGCCAUCAGCAUCCUUAACCGGUUACUGGCAUCGGUAAAGGCCCAAUUAAAAUAUCUGCAGUGCAUAGCAAUUUCCUGCCUUGUCCUUGCAGCAAAAACCAACGAAGAAGAUGAGGUAAUACCAUCGGUGAAGAUGCUCGCAGUGCAGAGUGGUUGUAAACGCUCUCCAGCUGAGAUCUUGAGAAUGGAAAGAAUUAUACUAGAUAAGCUUCACUGGGAUCUUUACACAGCAACACCAAUGGAUUUCUUAAACAUUUUCCAUGCCAUGGUGAUGUCCAACUGGCCCCAUCUACUAAAUGGGCAGCCUCAGACGAAUCCUUCCCGCCACGUUGCAUUCUUGACCAAACAGCUACAGCACUGUAUGGCGUGCCACCAACUAGUGCAGUUUAAGGGCUCCACAUUGGCCUUGGUGAUCAUCACCUUAGAGUUGGAGAGGCUGACUCCUGAUUGGUUUCCUGUUAUUACUGAUCUGCUAAAAAAAGCACAGGUUACCAGUACUGAAUUCAUUCACUGCAAAGAGUUCGUGGAUCGAGAGCUAAUGCGUUUGCAGCCAUCCAACGCCAUUUACAUUUUUUAUCCCGUCACUCAAGCCAUCCAGGGCCAUCCCGAGGCAGGGUUAGCCUGCCCUUACCCUUCUGGAUUGAAACAUUCCCAGCAAGCGAGGCUGAGGGUGGCCGUGAGCCAGCCAGUUUCAGCACCUUUCACAUCUAGUCCAGCCCAAAUUCCUGACGACGCCAUGGAGACAGAUGACUACUAUGAUGGAUUCAGCCACCUGUACAGUGAGGAUGGGGGAGUGGACGGUGGGAGGGGACACGUGGGCGGCUUCUGCCCUCAGCUGAGGCCUGGAGAAGGCAGCUCCCCCUGUCCUCCCUUGCAGGCACCUGAAAGGGACUAGUGGAGAGCACCCUGCCUUGGAAGCAGCGCCUGUGGGACCAGUAGGUCCCAGCAAACAGACCAACAGACACAACAGAGCAAGGGCACUGCUGUGUCUUUCAGAGGAUAACGACAAAACGGUGUUAUUUUCCUAUUUAUGCAUUUUCUAGCAGUGUUUGCUACCCCUCGUUUUUAACAUCAUGUGAAUACAGAAAGCUGGGGAGGGAUCGGUCACAACCCCACAACUCAGGGAUCAGCUUGGCAGAAGGCUAUGAGCUGUGCCAGAGAGCACCACAUGCCUCAGUUUAUUUUUUAAGAUUGCUGCGAUUGAGUGCGAGAGAUGAAACAUUUAUGUCAUCCAGCACACUCCAUCGUUCUCUUAUUGGAGCUAAUGUGACUUGCCCCAUGGCAGAGCGAAACAGGAGCUGCUUUCAAGGAAGGGGAGCUCCCACUGCUGGCUCUGUAAGAAUAGUCCUCGGGUAGGACCAAGGUUUUGAUUCAAUAGUGACAAGGCCGUGAGCCAAACCAUUCAGUUUUUUUUAAGUCCUUACCCUGGAUCCAAGGGUUUUGAGGUCCGUGCUCCUUCCCGGGUGAGCCAUUAAAGGCCCCCUCCAAGUUCCCGGGAGCUGUGGGAGAUCACUUCUUGGCCGCAGACAGCACUGCCCAGCCUGUGCCAUCCAGGCUGGUUCUUUUUCCUGUCUUACCAAGCUGGACAAUGGAAAAUGCCUUCAACUAAUUCCUUACCACUACCAGAGUAGUAUUUGUUAACUGUUAAUCUCUGUAGCAAAGCAGUUUUACAAUCUACAAAGGUCAGUUUAAGCUUCUCUUGCACUUUUAAAAAUGGCCUUACACGUUCUUUCAAAAUACGUUUUUUUUAACGUGUUUUACACAACAGGCCAGCAUUUUCAGGUGCUAGUUGUACUAGUUAGAAGUCAUAACCCAGACAGUACUGUAUGAGUAACAAUACCGUACCUGCAAGUCUGUCACAGAACAGGAAAGGCUCUCAUGGAGCCCAGCACAGGCCACGUGCUGAGCAGGUGUCUCAGUGAUAGUGGAUAAAUGAACAGGGAGUAGGGAUAAGAAGGGCGCAAGGAAAUCCUUACACUGCUUGGCAGCAGCGCUCACCAGUGCGGGAAGAAAUUUUGUGGCCUUCCUUCCUUGGCUCAUCUUCUUACCUGGUAGGAGAGAAAGUCCCGAACUGCGAGCUUUGCAGGAGUGACGUCCUGAGCAGCUCUGAUAACAGCUUUCCAAAGUCUUACAUUUAGAUUUUGGCAGAGCUGGUCCUGAGGAAAGAAUCGUGUUUGUGCAGGGAGAAAGUCAAGCUUUUCUUUUGAAACUGCAAAGAAAGCAGUGCCCAAGCGCUCCAGAAGGAAACAUCUAUCACAGACUUGGUGCAAGAGACACGUGAGCAGAUGGGAUUCGAACCAGCACUGACAGCAAAGGUGUCCCCACGAGGCAAGUCAAAGCUACCGCACGCUGAGUGCUGUGCUGCGGGGGGAGCCCAGCCCCGCGCCGGGGGAUGCCCCAGGAGCAGGGCUCAGCACUCCUCUCCAGAGCUGACACGUUUACAAGGUGUCCUGCAGCCGGGAGCUGGGCAGCGGCGUGCUUGCGCUGCGUUAUUUAUUAAUCCUACCUACGUCCCACAGGGAAGGUUUUCUCUUUGUGGUAGGGCUCUUUCCUCCCCCAGGGUGGCACCUUCCUUUUCUAUCAAACUGUGACUUGACUGCCCGACUUUCUGAAGGAGGCAAGUUGUCUUUUGUAGUUUACUUAAUAAAAUAUAAUCUCAGUCUGCA